AUGUAUGGAGGAGAAAUUGUGGCAGUAGCUCGCUACAACCGUACCAGCUAUUUCUACCCCACGUUCUCAGAAAGUUCGGAGCACAGCCACCUGCUCGUGUCUCCUGUGCUGGUGGCAAGUGCAGUCAUAGGUGUGGUCAUCAUCCUCUCCUGCAUUACCAUCAUCGUUGGCAGCAUCCGCAGGGACCGGCAGGCCCGGCUCCAGCGUCACCGCCACCGCCACCGCCGCCACCAUCACCACCACCAUCACCACCGCCGCCGCCGCCAUCGAGAGUAUGAGCAAGGCUACGUGUCUGAUGGGACCUACAGCCGCUCGAGCCACAGGAUUCGCUACAGCUGCAGCCCUGUCGAAGACUGGUCCCCGCCCUUAGAUCUCAGCUCUGAUGGGGACGUGGAUGUCACAGUGCUUCGAGACCUGUACCCAGAUUCUCCCCCAGGUUAUGAGGAGUGUAUGGGGCCAGGUGCCACCCAGCUGUACAUCCCCACGGAUGCACCACCACCCUACUCGCUGACCGACUCCUACCCCGUGCUGGAUGGCAUCAUCGAUGUGGGCGGUGGCCGUCACCAGCAGGCACAGAGGAUCCUGGGCCAGGGUGGCCUCCGCACCGUCUCCAUGGAUACCCUGCCCCCUUACGAGGCUGUGUGUGGGGUCAACCCCCCAUCAGGUCUGCUGCCGCUGCCAGGACCAGAACCAGGGCCAAGGAGCCCCCAGGGCUCACCCAUCACAACCUGGGCCCUGGUCUCUGGCCCAGAAAGGAUUCUAGAAAGUCUUCAGACAGGGGGGUUGCAGCUGCUGGCAGAUAAAGUCCUCUCCAUGGUCAGCAUGGUCUGCCACUGUGCCAGCACCUAUGGGCACGUGGGGCAGGACGGAGGCGGGCCAGCCUGGGCCUGGCCUAGAAAGGCCCACACAGCUCUCCUCGGCACCCAGCCCCUUGGAGCCACCAUGAGCCAGCCCCAACACCCUGGGCCGGGUGAGGCUGCUCCAGAGACCCUCCUGGGUGACCUCAUCAGCUACUACCAAGAGGAGGCAGGGGCCGGCCGGCUCCGGGUCUGCAGGCAAGCAGCCCUCACCCACAGGGCCCGGCGGUUCUCCGACAUGGGGCCCCCCCUUCAGCUCUAUCCGCCUGAACUUGUGGCCUCCAAUCUGCGGGCCACUCACUCCCAGGGGGCACCCAGCCCUACCCAGCCUGUCUGCCAUGAACUGGUGCAGGCACUAGAGUUCCUGGAGCUAAUAUCUGUCAACCUACUUCUGUUUCCCUGGAGGAAGGAAAUCAGGUCCCUGAAGACAUACACUGGAAACUUUGCCUACCGGGUGCAGCCUGUGCUUUCUGAACAAACACUGCACACCAUUCUGGGCAGGCUGGGCUAUGUGGCCACCUCUGAGGCGGAGUUUUCGCUGGUCCAGGCCAUCAGCAAGGAGGACGCCGAGCAGAUGGUGUUUGAAAUCUUCCUGGCGAGAGUUACAUGUGAGGCCAUUCUGGGGACCUCGAGCAGGCAGGUCCUGGGACUGGGCAGAGAGAAACCCUACCGCAGGUGCAGCUCCAAGAGAAAGCUGGCGAAGGCCCACAACUGCCCCGAGGGGGCCCAGCCAGGCCCUCAAGAAGGGCUGGGAUCUGAGAGGGCCCUGGCUGAGGGCCCUGACCAUCAGAGCACUGUGCCAACGGCCCCGAGCCUGUCUGAGGUCUCAACAUCCCCCCGCACCCUCCGUGCCAGCCCCCAGCUCCCCCUGGACUCCCAGCGCCGUGCCAGCACACGCUCGGACAGUGAGGAGUUCUUGACCUGCUACAGUGACCUUGUUCUGCACCGGACACCCCUGUUCCCCAGGGACUUUCCCCUGCGCGGCCUGAAGGGAGACCAAGCCCAGGGCCUAGCCCUGGCUCCCAGCCCACCUGCAGGUGAAGCGCUCACCUCCUUGGGCAGCAGCGUUCUGGAGGCUACAAGUCCAACAUCAUGGUGCCAGUAUGGUGGUGUUCUGGCGAAGGUCCUCUGCCGGGCUGCAGACUGCAGACUGCCGACUUCUUGCGGUGUCCCCACACGGUGGAAGAGGCACGGGAGCUCUGUGGGGUUCUUUUACAACAGCACUGAAUCUAUUCAUGAGGUUCCAUUCUCACGCCUAAUCUCUUCCUCUUGAAGGUCCCCUUCCUAAUACCAUGGCCUUAAGCAUUAAGUUUUCAACAUAUGAAUGGGGGAUGGGGGGACUACAAAUAUUCAGAUCAUAGCAUCUGCUUUUCUCUGAAUGAAUGUGAGUGUUUUUCACAUGUUUAAGGGCCAUUUUUAUAUCUUUUUUGUAAAUUGUCUUUCACAUCUUUUCCUCAGUUUUCUAUUUGGUUUUUGGUCCUUUGUCCUUCAAUUUUAAAGAAUUCUUCAUGGAUAUUUAGGAAUAUUAGCCCUUUGUUACAUAAGUUGCAUUUUUCUCCCAGUUUGUUAACUGUCUUUUGAUUUUGUUCAUGCUAGGUUUUAUCACACAAGUUUUAAAAUUUUUACUUAGCCAGAAUGAUUAACAUUUGGUUGCCCCUGGAUUUUGAAUCAUCAUUAGGAAGCUUUCCCUACAUCAAGGUUUUAGAGAUGAAUUCAUCCACAUUUUCUUCUGGUACUUGAAUGGUUCCAAUUUCUACAUUUAGAUCCCUAACCCCUUGGGAGUUUAUAUGGCAUUAAAAUACGGAUCUUUUAUCUUUUUCCAAAUGGUGACCUUAGCCACCAUUUUUGUUAAAAAGUCCAUCUUUACCCCAAUGAUUUGAGAUGGCAUUUUUAUCAUGUAAAUUUCUAUAUGUACUUAUGUCUAUUUCUGGGCUAUUUUAUUUCACUCUUCUACUUAUCUAUUCAUGCAUCAGUUCCACACCGUUUUAAUGAUACAGGUUUUACAGUAUGUUUUACUGUCUAGCAAGGCUAGUUCUCCAUCACAGUUUUUUUUUCCAGUGGUUUCCAGGUUAUUCCUUAAUGUUUGUGUUUCUAUAUAAAAUUUAGAAUAAUGUGUGUAAUUCCAUAAAAUAGACCGUGGUGUUUCUAACUGAGAUUGUAUUAAAUUUGGAAUUUAAUUUAAGGGAGAACAGACAUCUUUAUGUUGAGUCCCCCUAUCCAAGAAUGGGAUGUCUUCACAUUUGUUCGUCUUAUUUGGUGUCUUUGAGGAGUGCUUUAGCAUAUUUCUUGUAUGUUUUUAUAUGUAUCUUGUUAAAUUUAUUCCAAAGUAUUUAAUCUUCUUUGUUACCACUGUAAAUGGGAUUUUCACUACCGUUAUAACCUGUUUAUCAUUUGCAUAUGCUAGUGUUGUAUCCUGCUACUUCAGUAAAAUUCUAUAGUUGGUGUUGGUUUUA